GACGGGAUGGAGCCGGCAGUGUUUAUGGAAGGCGUCGGAGCUCAUCUGUGCGUCAGUGCGUUUUAUUGACUCCCAAUCUGAACAGGAAGAGUCGACACAAACAGAACGACAGCAGCAGCUCCUGCCAUCAUGUCUCUGAGUGAGAAUGAAGCCAGCCUUUCUAACACAAAUCAUCCAGAAGCUCUGGCUUUGGAGCUUACAUGCCCCAUCUGCUUGCAACUAUUCUCUGAGCCAGUUUCUCUCCCCUGCGGUCAUAUCUACUGCUUUGGCUGCCUUCAGACCAUGGGAGAAGGCCUUGAUCAACACAGCUGCCCCGAGUGCCAGACUGAGUACCAGGGAACCAAAGCUCUUGUGAAAAACUUCAAAAUGCGCAACAUCGUAGAGACCUACAAAGCCACCGCCGGGAAAAUCCUCUCCACUGCAGACCCUUCUGAUGUCAGCCAUGUAGCUGUCGAGGGUAAUGAUAGCUCUCCAACAGCGGAGUCAAAUGCAAAAUACCCCCAAAGCUUAGCAACAGCUGGAAAGAGCCAAGAGGAGAGUUCAGAAAGCAAGGCACAGGAUGGCUUUCAGAUGGGGUCUGGAUCAACAAAUCACCCAUUUUCGGUGGAUCAAGAAAAAAGCAGUUGCAAAGGCAAAUUGGAAAUGGAUGAACCUAAAUUUAAACUGGCAUCUCAGGUCACUGAGUUGAACCUCAAGUUGGAGGUGGCAGAGGGUUUCCUGAAGAAAGAAAAGGAAUGGGAGUUGGAGGUGACCACAGCUAAUGCUCAGCUGAGAGAGAAAGCAUCCAAACUGCUGGGGCAGAUUCAGGAUUUGUCGCAGAGCUACAGUGUGCAGGUGACCCAGAUGAUUGAAGAAGAGUUAGGACCAGGUGAGGCCAGUGUAUUCAGUCGAGUCAGUCAGGCCUCUGAGCUGACUAAGCAGCUGAGGCAGGCCACGUUCAAAGCUGAGUCACUGCUGACUGAAGAUGAUGAGACGGUAUUUAGUGAUGAGCUCAAAAGUCUGCAGCCACACAUUGAAGAGCUGAUUGCAAAACCAGUCGAAGAGGAAGACCUUGUUGAAGUCAAAGUCAACCCUGCACGAGUUUGUUCCAAGCUAGAAAACAUGAAUGCUGAGCUGAGGGACAGACUUGGAGAGAUUCAGCGUUCCCUUCGUAGCACCCUCAACCCUUCGGAGGUGACGUUUGACCCAGAAACAGUCCAUCCCAACCUCAUUCUCUCUGAGGACUUGAAGACAGUGACUUUCAGUGCUGUCAAACAAACAUACCCGUCGUCUCCUCAGAGGUUCAUGAGCUUCUUCCAGGUCCUCAGCACCCAGAGCUUCUCUGAAGGCGAUCAUUGCUGGGAGGUGGAGCUUGAAGGCUCCCCGUGGAUCAUCGGUAUAUGCUACAGCGGGAAGCUAGAGCGCAGCGGGUUACCAUCGGCCCUGGAAAGCAGCCGGGGGUCCUGGUGUCUGAUGUGGUUCAACAACCUGCUCACAGCCUUUGAGCAGAGUCACAGUGUGCCACUAAAGAAGACCACAGUGUCUCGCAGGCUUGAGGUCAGGCUGAGCUUCAAGACCCACAGGCUGAGCUUCUACAACAUCAGCGCCACCAGUGGGAAGACUCAUAUAUACACGUUUAAGGCUAACCUGACUGAACCAGUGCACCUGGCCUACAGGAUGAUGUCAGGGCACCCCAAAGGCCGUGUCACUGUUCACUCAUAAUUAUAGUUCAUUGCUUUAUCAUAACGUGCUGCAUUUGACAAAGACUUGAGUAAUUAUAGUUAAAGCAUCAAUAAUUUGUACGAAGGUUUGGUUUGUAUGAUAGUAUUGCGUAUUCUCAAUCUCCUGUUGCCGUAGUAUAUGUGGCUGAAUUACUUAUUGCAGUGUGUCUGAACACCAGUGCACAAAUACAGCACUUAUAAUGAUGUGUGGUGAGUGGGUUUUUUUGUUAUUGUUGAUGUUGUUUUAAUCUUACGGCAAUGCACUGAUAUAAUCAAUUUGACCCUCUGAACCCAAAACCCACUUUCAGGUCGCAAAGGCAUGUUUUCAUUAAAAAAUUGCAGAAUGCUGUUUAUUAGACCUGGAAACUAAAACAUGACGAAUGAAUAGAUAUUUCUUUCUUUCUUCUUUCUUUUAGACUUUCUUUAAUGGAUUGUACAUGUCAUUUUGAAACAUAGUGUCAAAAAAUCCCAGAAAAUGUACCUAAAAUUGUGAUAUUUCAUAGAAAUUAUUUGACUGUACAUGUUAUGCUAAAAUUCUGCACAAAUAAAAAGUUUGCAUCAGA